CGCUGUACUCGGAAAUGAACCGUAGUGGAAAGAAGGACAGUGAAGCAGCUGAAGACGGAUGAGAAGAAACUGAAUUGAAGUCGUUAUACACACUAAGAUACAAACUAAAUUUUUCAGGAAUGUCUGUCUGUGAUCGUCUGCAAUGCAGGACGUGCUGAAGACCCGAUAUAGCAUUUGUUUUUCAUUUGUAAAUAAGAGACAGUUGUCCGUGUUAAAUGUGAUUCCGACACAUCUGCUGCCACCCUGAAGCUCAUGAUGGAAGUCUUCAUGUCGAUCUUAAGUGUGAAACAGUGAAAAUUUGGGUAUUUAAGCAAGAUGGAAGAUGAUGUGGCUGUACAUUGGGAUACAGUGGAGGAAAGCCCGGGCUGUGGGCAGCCCACUGUUUCUUUAGUCAGUCCAUUAGAAGAAAAUGAUGGUCACGUGACUGUGACUCAAGAGCCUGAUGGUGAACACGAGGCAUUGGAAGGUUUUAACUGUGAAUUCCAUAAUGAAGACUAUGGAAAUAUGGAUGCAGAAGAUAUGCUAAAUGAAGAAAACUAUUUUAAAAUUGAAGAUCUGAAUGAUGAUCAAGAGGUUGAUGAAAAAGAAAGUACAGAGACACGUGAAAGACGUGAGAAAAAUGAAUUGGAGGAGGAGUUACGGAUCAAUGGAGAGUCCAGAUCCCGGAUUGCUGGAACCGGGAGGAAAGGAAAGUCCAAGAAAAGUGGAUUGGGGCAAGGUGAUCAUGAUCAUACACCUUUCUGGAUGUCUCCAACAUCCAUGCCGCAAAAAUCCUUUUCAUCUUCUGGACCCAGUAGGCACAAGCAGGUGAGGCGACGGAACCACCAUCUUAACAAUCAUGGCCGUGUACGUCGGAAGAAUGGAAUGCAGCUGGUUGUGGCGUGUCGAGAUUUCCUGGCGGAAUCCGUUAGUCAAUGGUGCAUUUCCUGUGUCCAUAUGGUGGUAGACCUCAUAAUUUCUCUGGCGCACCGGUGCGGGAUUGCUGUUGAAUCAUCAGGAAUUGCGCUCUAUGACAUUGGAACAUGCAUGCUGUGCAAGGUCACUGAUAUUCCAGGCAUGAUGCAAGAUUUGCAGCAAAUCCAGAACUGGAGCUGGUGCUCAGCUGUGGCUUUAGUAGAGGGCAUUGGCAGGACUACACUUUGGGCUAGACGUGACUUUCUGUCUUGUCUAAGGAUUCUCUGUGUUGCACUGUGUGUCGGCUCUCAGAUGAUCAGGAGUGUUUUGGCGCGUCUGACAGGAGAGAGAGGCAGGAAGUGGUGGAUUGCUCUCCAGAGCAGCAGGGUCUGGAGGAAAGUGUCUGAUCUGACAGUGAAAAUUCACAGCCGUUUGUUUAAACGAGGCAUCAUGAAUUUCAGUUCAAAUCCAGAGUCGCCCAACAGGGAGCAGGAGAAAUGGCAGCCUGGUGAAGAGCUGCAUAGACUGCUGGCACUGGCCAAGGUCCCUGAAGAGGAGUUGGACCCAUUUAAUGUACUGGGAGUGGAAAUUAAUGCUACUGAAUCAGAGCUCAAGAGAGCGUACAGACAGCUGGCUGUACAGGUUCAUCCAGACAAAAACAAGCACCCGGGUGCUGGCGAGGCCUUCAAGGUUUUAAGGGCAGCUUGGGACAUUGUCAGUAACCCAGAGACACGGCGAGAGUAUGAAAUGAAGCGGGUGGCAGCGACAGAACUUUCUAAAUCCAUGAAUGAGUUCCUGACUAAACUGCAGGAUGAUCUGAAAGAAGCCAUGAAUACUAUGAUGUGCACUAAAUGUGAGGGCAAGCACAAGCGCUUCGAGAUAGACCGCGAGCCUGCUGAGGCCCGAUUUUGUGCUGAAUGUAAUAAAUGGCACAGUGCCGAGGAGGGAGACCUGUGGGCUGAAUCUAGUAUGCUGGGACUACGCAUCACAUACUUCGCCUUCAUGGACAGCAAAGUCUAUGACAUCACUGAGUGGGCAGGCUGUCAGCGGAUAGGCAUCUCUCCAGACACUCAUCGUGUGCCCUAUCAUAUCUCUUUUGGCUCUAAAGGGAGCAGUGGCCCCAGCCACCACAGAUCUGCUUCAGAUCAUGCAGCUGCUGGAGGUCCACCUGCAGACCUGCAGGACUUCUUCAACCGCUUCUUCCAGGGUGGAGCUCACAGUGACGCGCCUGCUAACGGUGGCUUCUUCCCAGCUGGAACACCACCGCCACCACAUCACAGCUCAGGAGCCCCUGCAGGGACUACAGGAAUGUUUUCAGGAUCUCCUCCACAAACAGGGUUCUUUAGCCCAGGGGGGCAACGGGGUGACCCCAGCGAACACUGGACUGAAGAAGGAAAGCCCCCACGCCGGCGCAAGAAAGUUCGCAAGCCAUUUCAGCGCUGAGCAGUGCAAUAUCAUAUGGUCAUGGCUGUUGAGAUGGAGUACUGCCUGUUCCUGUGGUUUAAUGUUGGCCAACCAAUGCAAGAUGAAGACUGAAGCAUUCGGCCUCAGAGGAACAUUUAAUUGUUGGAUUUAUGAAGCGUAGUGAUACUUAUGAUAAUGAUAGUUUACCCAUAUUUUUACUUUCAGAGGAGCAAGCGAAGAGAGAUGCGAGAAGGAAAAAGAACUUGCUGUUUGGUGUUUGAAGUCCUUUUUUUUUUUUAUCACUAAUUUACCAAGAAUAAAAUCACAUUCACUGCAGAAACGCAUAAGUACUUUUUCCCAGUUUCAUUUACUCAUUUCUGUUUCAGGCUUGAUUAUUUGAAUCAGAUGCUCAGGAUGUCGCUGUGUGUUUUGUUAUUGUUUGUACUGUCACAUUAGGAUACAUUAGUAUAAAUGACACAGACCUCAGGGAUGACUCUCUCUUCAUCCGCUAUUUGACAGGGAUUUGCAAAUGUUUCUGGGCAUUUGAUGUAGAGGUAUAUAAACAUAAAUAUAUAUAUAUAUAUAUAUAUAUAUAUAUAUAUUUGUUUUUCAAUUAAUAAAUCAUGUUUAGUAGGCAAAUAUUUCAAAUAAUAAUAUACUUUACAAGUCUUACAUGACAUGAAAAGUUCACCCAAAAGGCAAAUUCAGAAACUCCAUUCACAUCUCUUUGUAAAAGUGCUUAUUCAAGUCUUUAAAGGAAAAAGAAAACCCCCCAAAAAAUCACUAGAUUUGAACUACACUUUUUUUUUUUCACACAAUGUUCUUCAGUGAUCUUACAGCCUGUGACUGUGAUUUAAGAAGGAAACUGAAGAGAUGAAUGUUAGGUCUGUUAGAUUGAGUUGCCAUCAACUGGUUUAAUGUGGCUUUUACAUCUUGACCACAAUUUAUGAUUGACCACACUGUCACACUAUAGUAAUGACCCAAACUAAACCAAUAAUACAUGAUUGUGUUGAUUAAUACAUUUUACCUGAAUCAUCAAUUUUGUAAAUCAUUUGUUUGUUAGGUCAGACUUUAUUCCAUUCUUCAUGUUUUACAGAAACAUUCUGAUAAUGCCAAUUUCUGUAUAAUUUCUUUUCAUAACUGAUAAUUGAAGAGGUAUACCAGAAAUAAACAAUCACUUCAUUUAGUUUACAGUAUUAUUACUGCACUACCUCCCUGGUUCUUUGUUUUAUGUUUUAAUUGUUAUUCGUUUUAUUUCCGUAACUGGUUGGUUGUAAUGCAAUAUUCCACUUACCAUUUUAAGAACAUAUGAUUCAUUUUACUGUAUUCAGUAUAGUUGGGGUUCUGAAGUUGAUGCAGUAAUGUAUUUAGUGCUGCAUUUGUAGUGUUUUUUGUUUCUUCUGGAUAAUUAACAUUAGAGUGAUCUUAUCUUUAUACAAGAGAAUACACUAGUCUAGAUCACUCUGAAAUCAGACAAUCAUAAUGGAUCUAAUGUGCAGGACACUUUUUUCGCCAUCAACCCAAUCUUCCUUUAUUAAAGCUGAUUUGCUCAAAUGUGAUGAGACAAAUUUAAAAUUUCCUGAGCAUUUACAAGUAUGAGUCUAUGAUGUUUGUGCUUUUUAUUUAUAUAUAGUAUAAAGUGGAUGUCCACCAGCACCACACUAAGCUGUUGAGCUUUCAAAUGCUGUCAGGAAAAGAAACUAAGUGUGAUUUUACAUGUAGUAUGUUUUAAAAGAACCAAACCCAGUUCAGGAGGUCGGAGUAUGGUUAGUUUGUAAGUCAUUUGAGUGUGUUGUUGGUUCCAGCUGGUCUGGUUUGAGUAUACUCUCAACUAACACAUAGGUUUUUAUUAACUUUACUUUGAAAAUAAGAACAUACAAUGUAGGGUUAUUGUUUAAUCUGAGAAAGAAUAUAUAGAUCUGCUUAAGUCUAUCGUUGACCAUAUGAACCCACCUAAGAGAUCAAAGGCAAUCUAAUGUAGAACUCUCUUUUUACAAAACAUAAUGUAGCCUAAAAUUGAAAAAAAGAGCAUAUUGUCUGUUUUUCCUUUUUAAUUAUUAUAAUCCAUUCAAUGAGGGGACAAUUAGCCUUUUCUUGUCUCUUUGCACAAAAGACCCAUAUACUUGUGCAGAUAAUAAUUAAUCAUAAGAAUGGAUGAACAAACGGAUUUGAUGCUGUUCAGGAUUGUGAACACUGACACACCUGUAUACAACUAAACACUCAGGAUUUAUGCAUAGGCAAGUUCAUUGACAUUUCACAAUCUUUUUACGAGCACUACAGAAAAUAA